AUGGGCUCUAAUAAUUUGAAAGGAGCUAUUCCUUCUGAAAUAUUCAACAUUUCCACAUUAACACGGCUGGAGCUUUAUCAGAAUUCUCUCUCAGGCCUUCUCCCACCAUAUUUAGGAAUUAGCCUUCCCAACUUGGAGAUGUUACUAUUGGGUGUAAAUGAACUGACCGGACAAAUUCCAAAUAGUAUAUCAAAUGCUUCUAAGCUUAUUACGUUGGAUUUGUCAUGGAAUAAAUUUAGCGGAGCUAUACCUGAAGUACUUGAAAAUUUAAAGAACUUAAUGGAAUUAGAUUUGGAUGGGAAUAAUUUGACUGGUUUGAUUCCAAAGAUGGUUAACAAAUUACAAAGCCUUCAACAUUUAAGUCUCAGUGAUAAUAGAUUACAAGGAUCCAUUAUAAAUGAACUUUGCCAACUCAAACGUCUAAGUGAGUUGUAUCUUGCCAAUAACCUAUUUUCAGGAGCGAUUCCAGGAUGUCUCGAGAAUACUUCAGUGCGAAAGUUGAAUUUUAGUUCUAAUAAAUUGAUUUCUCAUGUACCCUCUUCUAUUUGGAGUCUCAAAGAUAUCUUGGUUUUAGACAUAUCCUCCAAUGCACUAAGCGGGAUAAUUUCACCAGAGAUAUCAAACAUGAGAGCAAUUAUACUACUAAAUUUGUCAAGAAACCAAAUUUCAGGAAGCAUUCCUAUAACUAUGGGUAUCUUGCAAACUCUGCAAAACCUAUCUUUGGCUCACAACAAAUUACAAGGACCUAUACCUGAAUCGCUUAGUGGCAUGAUAAGUAUUGAGUCCAUGGAUCUUUCCCAUAAUUAUUUAUCUGGUAUAAUUCCAGAGUCCUUAGAGUCAUUACUCUAUCUUAAAUUCAUCAAUCUUUCUUAUAAUUUAUUGCAUGGAGAAAUUCCAAAUGGUGGCUGUUUUCAGAAUUUUACAGCUCAAUCUUUUAUGAUGAAUAAAGAUCUUUGUGGAAAAUCCCAACUCCAAGUGCAACCAUGUAAAAAAGAAAGGAAGUACAUGACAAAAAGAGUAAAGUUGUUGAUAAAAUGCUCACUUCCUAUCAUGGUUGUCAUUCUGGUUGUUUCAUUCAUUGUCUAUCUAAGACAUAAGAGAGAUGCGUAUGCUAAUGGUUCAGCCAACAAAGAUUUAAUAAAUCUGGGAACACCAAUUAGGGUAUCCUAUUAUGAUCUUUUGCACGGAACAGAUGGAUUUGAUGAGAGUAAUCUUCUUGGCUUUGGAUAUUAUGGAUCAGUAUACAAAGCAACUCUUCCAAAUGGAAUGAUAGUUGCUGUUAAAGUAUUGCGCUCAAACUUGGAUGAAGCACUAAUGAGUUUUGAUAUUGAGUGUGUUGUGGCUUGCAAUUUACGACACCGUAAUCUUGUUAAGAUUAUUAGUAGCUGCUCAAAUGAUUAUUUUAAGUGUCUAAUAAUGGAGUUCAUGUCAAAUGGGAAUCUAGACAAAUGGUUAUACUCUCAUAACAACUGUUUAGAUAUCCUAAAAAGGUUGAAUAUAAUGAUUGAUGUGGCAGUUGCAUUAGAAUAUCUUCAUCAUGGUUCUUCCACACCAAUUGUCCAUUGUGAUCUAAAACCGAGCAAUGUCUUGUUAGAUGAAAAUAUGGUGGCUCAUCUCACUGAUUUUGGUGUAGCUAAAUUGGUGGGUGAAGAACACUUGGAAAUUUAUACAAAAACUUUGGCUACAAUUGGUUAUAUGGCACCAGAGUAUGGAUCAAAAGGAGCUAUUUCCAUUAAAGGAGAUGUGUACAGCUAUGGCAUUUUGUUAAUGGAAAUAUUUACGAGAAAGAAGCCAACAGAUGGCAUGUUUGUAGAAAGUCUAAGUUUGAAAGAUUGGGUGAGCAUGUCAACACCACAAUCUGUCAUCCAUAUUCUAGAUGCAACUUUGCUGCACAAUCAAAAUAUUGGUGAUAUAUUACCACACAUGUCAUCAAUUUUUGAGUUGGCAUUAAAUUGUUGCUCCAACUUACCUGAAGCACGACCUACAAUGAUUGAUGUUGUGGUAUCAAUGAAAAAAAAGCAAGUUUGCAUUAAUACAGAAUAUUAG